AUGGCUCCUAUUACCAGAUCUUCUCUCCAUGGAAGACCAGUGGACGACCAACCUCGACAAGCGCGAGACUCACACUCUCAACACGACGACUACGAGCAAGAAGACGAGUCAAUGGCUGACGAUUACGGAGAGGUGGAAGAAGAAGAUGAUAAUGAUGAAGUGGGAGAUUCUCGGUCGCCAUAUCGAUCAUCAGCGCAAGACAUGCUGAGACCCCUUCAAGCUACCGCAGACCGUGUGGCCAAGCAAGUUGAAGAGUUUGCUCAAGUCAUGGACCAAUUUGUCUCAACCCGCAAAUCCGACGAUGAAACACUCUGGAACGACGCUUUAUUAUUGUUGGGAGCAUAUAAUGGCAUUUGCACCAAUCGGAGAGUCAGGACGUCAACAAGCGAUCCUGAUGUACAGAUCCAGAAGAUACAACUUGAGGCAGAUUUGUGGUUGCUUGUGAGAGGAAUUCUUUCCAUCACUUCCCCCGAAGUCAAAACCCGCACCCGAAUCGCACAAGAAUCCAGACUGGGUGACCUCACUCGUUAUUCAACCAAUUCCAUACUGUGGGAAGCUUUCCUCGAUUCGGACGGUGUUUCUCAGGACUACGAAUGUAUUCUGGAUUGGUUGCAAGAGAGGGAGGCCUCGACAGGGAUACCUAUGGAUGAUGUUGUUCGCAUUUUGAACGCAAAAUCAAAUCGUGGUGAGGGGAUCUGGAGUGCUGGACCCGUGUAUACACAAGCCGCCGUCAAAAAGCAGAAGAGAACCAGAGUCUCAACCACCCCUCUGGUCCCCUCAUUAUCUGGCCUUGCUGGAAGCCACACCCGACGUGAUGGUGAACGGCUGGUUGCCCAAUUGGAUCCAGACGCCCAAUCAAGGGAGGAUGCUGUUCUUGAACUGGAAGACGCGUUCCAUGAGCAAGCCGCUUGGCGCACAUACUGGGAAAUGCUUCGUCGUGGACAGACUCCGGAUCAAAUUCAAGCCUGGUGGGCCGAACGCAGGGAAAAUUGGCGCUAUGCCGAGCUUUGUGGAAGCGCGUACACCUCGAGUAAGAUGCAGAACUCUCCAUGGCUACGAAUCAUGAGUAUUGCUUCCAACCCCGACUGGUUAGAGCGUUGUGAAGAGCUCUCGCAAGAUACGCAGCUUGAUGAAUAUCAAAGAGCAGUUUACGGUAUGAUAUCGGGGAAUGUGAGUUCGUCAGAACCCGUCAACCAAACCAUUGAUGACCAUUUAUUCGCCAUCUUCAAUGCUCUCCUGAUAGAGAGAUAUCAAACAUACUUGCAGGCCUAUCACACCAAACUCACAAGCUCUGGAUCAACGAUAUACCACCCUCAAGCUCCUUCCAAAACCUACCUACAACGAUUUUUCGCAGAAGCUGUCUCCGGUGAGGAAGUACGCCAGCCUUACAAAUACUUGGAGCUUGCAAUCGUGACCAAGAACUUUUCUGGCUUUUUACUUGAUAUGGGACGAGCAGCUGCUCAUGUUGCACAUCAAGGUGGCCUUGGGUCGCACUUAAUCCAUGAUGAUGACACGGAAGCCGAUGAAUUAGCGCAGAUCGGUGUUCGGGACCCAGAUACUGUGCGGUUUGUUGCUCAUCUUCAGCUUGUGUUGCAGUCCUUGGGCAUGUUGAAGUCGGCUUUUUCCGCGAAUGAGUACGAAAUGGAGAACAACAUCGCAAGCUAUAUCGCCUGGUUGGAAGCUGAAGGCAAAUUCUCCCUGAUCCCAGUCUAUGUUGCAAAACUUUCACAGGCAAGGGGCGAGCAUGUCCUGGCUUCCAUCCUCGUCAACAUCUCGAAUCAUCAGGAGCGAGAGCUGCAACUGAAGCUCAUCAAACAAUACAAACUCGACAUUUCCGCGAUUGCUUACGGUGUAUUUACCCUUGCUAACUACGAUUCAAUUCAACGACUGAGAUCAGUUGAAGGGCCACCGACUGCUCCAAGAAUUACUGAGCCGCCAGCUGCCGGGAAACCGGGACAAGUCACAAUCAAGCGCAAUCUGAUGGGUGGUGAACCUUCAGAAGAAGAAGAAAAGGCGAUACGCAGUGUAGAAUGGUAUCGUUAUGUUGACGCUGAGAGAUGGGGUAGCGCUGCCUGGUCUGUUUCGCUCCUCUACAAGGCUUUCCUUUACGAAGGUCGAUUUGCAGCUCUCCGGCAACUCUUGAUACGAGUCAGUUUAUCAGAGAUAUCACUGUCUGCUGUUGGGAUGAAUCUGGUCUUCUCAGAUAUAGAAGAACCGCCUCCGGAGGAAGCAGCCCUGGAAGGCGACGAUACAGACGAGGAACGUCUGCUCUCUGUCAGCCCUAUCCGAAAGAGAAAGCCUUCAUCCCAAGAUCAUAUUUUGACCCGUGCCGGUAACGACAGAGCAACACUUGCAUUGAAAUCGCGCAUAUGGAAGGAACUCGAAGAACUGGUGGCCAUUAUUGAUGGGUUGGAUGGUUUCCAAGAGAUCGUGGAUGAUCUCGAUGAAAACCGUGCCAAUCCAACGUAUGUCCGAGGGAUGAAACGUGAAUUACGAUCAGCUCUCGAUCUUGUCAAGGAGAGAAUACAGGCUCUAUUCGACCCCGAUUUUCUCCGCCAACCCCAAGACGAAAUGGAGGGUGUCCUUCUUCACGACCUACGCAAUCACUACAUCCCUGACUGCAUCCUGGCAUACAACAGCACUCUCUAUUUCGCAGGUCACGCGCUGUCACGAGCCUAUCUGGUCGACUGCAUGGAUCUAGCACAGAUGGUAGCAACGAACCCCAUGUUGACUGCAGCAUUUGUCGAAAGUGGACGGAUGAAGGAACUCGUCCAAGCUUUUGCACUUGAUAGUCAAGCCCUUUUACGCGCGAACGAACAGGGUGGAAUGAAGGCCAAGAGAACCAAGGCUGAUCAGGGCAACAGUGAGAUCUGGAAUGUGGCCUGGAGGGAGCAGGGGAACAAUGCGGAUUUGGAAGCCUUGGAUUGA